CAUUAUUGUUAUCCUUUUUCUAUUUCCAUAUUCUCCAUAUUCUCCAUAUUCUUGCUGAUGAUCAAAUUUUUUAUUUCAUGCUAAUCAUGACAGUUUUUCUUUUCUAUAGAGUUGAACUAUGAUUAUAUUUUUUUCUGACUUUCCAUGUAUCAAAAUUUCGAACCCUCGGAUUUUUCAUUUCAUUUUUCACUUUGUUUUUUUUUUCUUUUUAUUAAUAAGAGCUUUGUUACGAAUUUUAAUUAUUUGAAAAUGUUGAGAUUACAUCUAAAAUUAGGCUCAGGCUCAUUCAAAUAUUGUAAUUCUUUUAAACUAAAUCUUCCAAUUAAAAGAUUCAAUUCAAAUAUUUAUCAAAAUGAUUUUCAACCCAUUAAAGAUACCGAGUUCGAUGAUAUUGAUUCUUUGAAUAUGUCUGACUCUACAAAAGUAUACAACUAUAUUAAAAAUUUUAAGAUCAACCCUCUCUCUUUUAAAAAAGAAUUCAACGAUACCCCUAUACUAUCUUUACUUAAACAAAGAAAUCUUUUAAGUUCUAUAACAAAUGACAACCUACCCUCUGAACUAACAAUUCCAAACAAAAAAUUCACAAUUUACUGUGGUGUAGAUCCAACUGCCUCGUCUUUACAUCUAGGUAACUUAUUGCCUCUAAUGUUACUUCUCAAUUUAAACUUAAGAGGCCACAAUAUUAUAACUGUUGUAGGUGGUGCAACUUCCCUAGUUGGUGACCCAAGUGGUAGACUAUCUGAAAGAUCGAAAAUGAAAGAAAACACAAGGCUAAAUAACUUGGACAACAUUAAUAACCAAUUGAUCGAUUUUGUUAAAAAUUCACAAGUUUUUUAUAAAAACUUAUUGAAAAAUCUCUUACCUCCUUCUUCUUUAACAUCGUUUGGUAAUCACCAAAUGCUAAACAAUUAUUCUUGGUGGAAAGAUCUAUCUUUCAUUCAAUUCUUAUCAAACUAUGGCAACCUUUUCAGAAUUAAUACAAUGCUUCAAAAGGAUUCCGUAAAAGAUAGAUUGUCUUCCAAUAAUGGUUUGGGCUUUAAUGAAUUUUCAUACCAAAUCUUGCAAGCUUAUGAUUUUUAUUAUUUAAAUAAAUUCAAAAAUUGUCAAAUACAAGUUGGUGGAAAUGAUCAGUGGGGAAAUAUAACCGCAGGAAUUGAAUUUAUAUCAAAGUUAAAUAAUAUUGAAAAUGAUAUUGGAGACAAUAAUAAUAAUAAUAAUAAUAAUAAUAAUAAUAAUAAUAAUAAUAAUAAUAAUAACAUUAACGUUCGAAAUGUUAAUAAUCGGGUUUAUGGUUUAACUGUUCCCCUAUUAACCACUCAAUCAGGCGAAAAAUAUGGUAAAAGUGCUGGAAAUGCAAUCUUCAUUGAUAAAAAUUUAACCUCUCCUUUUGCUUUAUAUAACCAUCUUUUUAAUACUCCCGACGCUGAAGUUGAAAAAUUGCUAAAAAUUUUCACAAUUAUACCUUUAUCUCAAAUCAAUAAAAUCAUUGAAAAGCAUAACCAAAAUAAAAUCCUAAGAUUGCCUCAGUUAAUCUUAGCAAACCAAGUAACUUCUUUGAUUCAUGGAGACGAUAUAACGACUUCUAUUAAUUUAGUUAAAUUAAUCUUGUAUAAUAAUAGUAACAAUAAUGAAAAUGAGAAAGAUUAUUACUUUAGUGAUACAAAUAUUAAAUCAAUUGAUAUUAAAAAAAUAAUUCAAAGUUUUAAUAAUCUUGAACUACUAAUUAAAGAGAAUUCAGCAGAUAUUUUACAUAAAAGGUUUGUUGAUAUUGUUUCUAAAAUAAAUAAUACCUCAAAAAAUUCUUCAAAGAGGUUAAUUAUUGAUGGUGGUUUAACUAUUUAUUCCAACUCUAAAAAAAUUAAAAUGCUAAAUCCAAACGACACAGUUCAGAGUUCUCACUUGAUUUCUGGUCAAUUAUUAAUCCUUAAAAUUGGAAAAUUAAAGCAUAUUGCUAUUCAGUGUAUAUAAAUUAAAAAUAUUUACUAAAUUUUACUGUCUUUCUGUUACGUGAUCCUUUCAUAUUCUAUUCUAUCCUAUCCUGCCCUAUCUAGUUUUUUCCUGUUU